CGCCCGUCCAGACUUCAAACCGGAAUUACGCCUCACAACUAACCUCCUCCGCCGCUCGGUGAGAGCCGGAAUUUGAAAGAGCAAAGAGCUGAGACCUCGCGUCUUGUCCCACCCCUCUUUACGCAAGCCCGCCAUGAAGUCCCUCGAGGAGCUGCUGUCGCGAUGGCGCCAGACGCAGGCUCAUGGCGCCCAUCUCGCCGACUUGCGGCGUGCCGUCAAGUACAACGGACCCUCGAGCCCCUGUCUCUCGGGCAGUCGCUCCUUGUGCUGGAAAAUGUUCCUGCUAUCGAGUCCUGCCACCGGCAUGAGCUGGUCUCAAGCCUUGGACGAGGGACGACGGCUAUACGCGGAGAAGCAUGAUCACUUUCUCAAGUUCAUCCAGCACCCCGAAACCCUCACUGAGCUCACCAUCGACCCUCUGGCGGAUGACCCCGACUCGCCUUGGAACACUGUUCGUCAGGAUGAGAUUAUCCGCGCCGAAAUCAAGCAGGAUGUUCAACGGCUCCCCGAUGAGGCAUCCUACCACGAGCCUCGCACUCAAGCCAUGAUCCUGGACAUCCUCUUCAUGUACUGCAAGCUAAACCCGGAGAGAGGUGGCUAUCGACAGGGCAUGCACGAACUCCUGGCUCCCAUGGUUUAUGCCAUCCAGGAAGACGCCCUUGACGUUACCACCGUCGCGUCAGAUGUCGCUCUGGAUGAUGUCUUCUUGAAGACUUUUGAUGCGACCUUCAUUGAACAUGAUGCCUUUAUCCUGUUCGCCCGGCUGAUGGAGCAUGCGCAAUCUUUCUACGAGAUCAAGGAAUCCACUACCGGCUCGGCUCCAGGUUCCCAUAUGUCAGAGCAGAGCUCAGCCAUCGUGGAGAGAAGCAAGUUCAUUCACGAGGUGUGCCUGCAUAAAGUGGAUCCGGAGUUGGCGGCUCAUCUCACCAACAUCGAAAUCCUACCACAAAUCUUCCUUAUUCGAUGGGUCCGGUUGCUUUUCAGCAGAGAGUAUCCUUUCGAGCAGUUUCUGGUUCUUUGGGAUACAAUCUUCGCUGUAGACCCGUCCUUGGAACUGAUAGAUCUCAUCUGUGUAGCCAUGUUGAUUCGAAUCCGAUGGGAGUUACUAGAAGCAGACUACUCAGUUUGUUUGCAAUUAUUGCUAAAAUAUCCACCCCCAGCCCGGCCACAUGGCCCUCAUACGUUCGUCGAUGAUGCUCUCUACCUCAAGAACCACCUCUCCCCUUCUGGUGGAGCGUCCCUGAUCAUGAAGUAUACUGGCAAGAUGCCAACUGUAUCAUCACCCAACAAUGCCUCACGGUCUGCAGCACCGAACUUCCGAGGCUUCAACUCGCUCCGUAAUCGAGGAUUCGGCGCAAAAUCGCCUCUGUCAUCACCGUCAAGAUUCAUGCAGCAGCAAGGCGGCAUGGAAGCACUGUUCCAAGGAGCCGCCAAGGGAGCUAAAGGGGUACUGGAAAGAGGAGAGAAGCUGGGUAUUAACCAAGCGGUAAGGGACGCCAUGGGAGAGAUCAAACGCAACAUAAACGAAGCCCGACAGACAGCCCUGUCUCCCCGACAGGUCUUCGACGAGGAAGGCGCCGCACGAGGUCUCAUGGCAUUAGAGAGGCGCAAUCGACAAUUGGCAGCCAUGCUCGAUGAGACAGUCAACAACCUCAAGGCGCUAUCUGGAUCUAACCUCGAUGAUAAGGCUAAAAGUCUUGAGCUUAUUGAGAUCGCGGCCGCCAAGGUCCAGUUCGUCAAGAUCUACUUGGAGGACUCGUCGAUGGAGGUACCACUACUGGACCCCCCACCGCUUGAGGAGGAAGAUCAAAUAUCUGCCGCAAGAGCCAAUGACAUUCACGAUGGGUUAGGUAUCAAGACCCAGCCCGACCCAAUGCCGCCAGUCCCGGUGGAUAUUGGCAUUGCCGCACUCACAAUAACCGAGGAUGCUCACAUACCCAAGAAGGACGAGGCCUUGUCUCCCGUAAACCACGACAUCAUGGACAUAUCCAGCGAUAAUGUGCCCCCUGACCCGCUGGCAGCAGGCCCAGUGACCGACUCUCGACCUACUGGCCCCGUACCUACACGUUCUACCCUGGCCCAAUCGUCCUUCUCUUGGAUGCUCGAGCCGGACGAGCCUGGGUCGUCGCAACCAUCCUUCGCAGCCAAGAAGUCGCAGCCUGUUCAGCAUAAAAAGCGGAUUUCCAACAGCACAAAUCGUGAGAGGAAUGCCUUCUUAUUUGGCGAAGUGACGUCAAAUGCAGAGAGUCGAAACCCAUUGAGUUCGGAUGAGAUAUUUGGGCUGGAACCAAUCCGCAAGUCGAAGGACCCGCAACUGUGAUUAUUUACGGAUCGAGAUAUACCACAAUGUCUACUCCAAUGCAUUAGAAAACUGCUCGGAAAUGUAUCAUGAUGGCUACUAUAUGUCAGAAUUGUGGAAGCGGUGGAGUUGAGGAGCCUACAUACUGAUAGCGAGCCUGCAUGGUGGGUUAUACCCUGACCUACUUGACGUUGUUGAAUUCUUGAAUAUGAUUAAAUAUAGACCAAGUUCUUUUUCGAA